UCCUCUUGAAUCUUUAUUUGUUGUUAUUGAAAUAUUUUAUUGAGAACAAGCUAUAAAAUAUGAUUGGUGUGAGAUUAAAUACAUUCAACGAUAAUGCCGGUGAGCCGGAACAAGAUGCAAAUUCUGCAUUAACUGAACUAGACAAAGGUCUCAGAUCUGGGAAAGUUGGCGAGCAAUGCGAAGCGAUCGUUCGUUUCCCACGUCUCUUCGAAAAAUAUCCAUUCCCGAUUCUAAUAAAUUCGUCAUUUCUGAAACUAUCGGAUGUCUUUCGUAUGGGCAAUAACUUCUUGCGAUUAUGGGUUUUACGGGUUUGUCAGCAAAGCGAGAAGCAUCUGGACAAGAUAUUGAACGUCGACGAGUUUCUGAGGCGGGUUUUUAGUGUGCUACAUUCUAACGACCCUGUAGCCAGGGCUUUGGCUUUAAGAACUUUGGGUGCGGUGGCUGGAAUCAUACCGGAGCGGCAGAAUGUCCACCACGCUAUACGACGAGGCCUGGAGAGCCACGACAAUGUUGAAGUUGAAGCUGCUAUUUAUGCAACUACAAGAUUUGCAGCACAUUCUAAUGCAUUUGCAGUAUCCAUGUGCAACAAGCUAUCAGACAUGGUGGAGUGUGAGAGUACAGGCGCAGAGAGGAGGGCUAAGCUUGUGAGAGCUCUAAGAACUGUUCAUGGCGGAGCCGUUCGAGCGCAAGGGGUUUUAAAACUUCUCCGAUCACUCUUGGAAAGAUUCCCUUCAUCAAGUUCAGUGAGGGCAGCUAUAACAGCACUUACUGCCAUUGCAGCUGAUACAGUAGUUCAUGUGCCUGAUCAGGUGGAGCUCCUCCUCAGUCUAGCAAUGAACGAUCCUCGAUCAGCAGUACGUAGAGCAGCCCUACUUGGUCUCCGGAAGUUGGCAGAACACGCAGCGCUCUGGUCAGCUGAGUCAAUACAGGAUCUUGUGCGAGCAGCGAGUGAGACGCAGGACUCGGAGCAUACUAUGCUGUGCUUGCAAGUAAUGCAGAUACUAGUAAAAUGCCCAGCGAUCUGUGCAUCAGCGGGCAGUCCACGGGUGGGCAGUCCCAGUGCUCUGCGGCAGUUCUGUUCUGAUGCUGCUCUCAGUGUGGACCUGCAGCAGGCGGCCAUCGCUGCUGAUGUGCUCACCAGGGUUGUGGUGCAUUGUUAUGAAGAAACUCUACCAGUGGAGGGAGCAGAUCUGAUGCUGGCUUUAGAAUCACUCGUUAUUUGCACUGGAUACUCGCCGGAACAGAAUAUCAAACCUUUGAGGAUUGCCCUGCGUUGCUUGGUACAACUAAGCACAGCGGAACCCACAUUAUACGCGGAACGAACAGCCGCAGUAGUGGGGGGGCAGUUAUCCAUUGGAGUGGUGGGGGGCAAAGAGCCAGUGGGGGGGAAACGACAAGUGGCGUUAUUGGAAGCUCUCGCAGCACUUGCUGGAUCGCACAUUACUCCUGCGCUGAGAUAUCUGAUGCCCGCUUUGGAUGCUGCUAAAGAAGCAGCCCGCAACGACCCGACCUACGACGGCACGACAUUAGUACUGAUCUGUACGGUGCUACUCCAAGAGCGAGCUCGUGCUGCUCUCACCAUGAAGCUGAAGAGUGGAUGGAUGGACAGGAUCCUGGAGGCCAUAGCGGGGGCUGAUGGCUGGACGAGAUACAGGGUGGCUAGGGUUUGUUUGAGAUACGGUCACCACAAACUAGCCGCUGAAAUACUGAAGCGUCUCUCGCAAGAAGCUCCCAGCGAGUCCGCUCAGCGCUGGCUCACAGCGCUGUACCGCGCGGCUGAUGCUGAUGCUACGCUGUUGGAAGUCGGUAUAAGUGGUCUAGAAGAAGCGAGUGCGAAGUGGGAGCUGUUCGGCUCAGCCGGCGUGUCGGCCCGCGGGGGCUGCUCCGCCGGCUGCAGCGGCUGCGGGGCCUGCGAGCCGCUGCCACCGGCCUGGGCUGCUGCGAGAGCUGCUGCACUAGCUGCUCUGGCUCGGACUGCUGCAGCUGCUAGGGCUGUGUGCACGCAGCCACCGCCAGCUAUAGCGCUUGCUCAUGCGCAAGCGGCCCGUGACCCGGCAGCUCGUGCGGGCGCGUGCGCACACGCACUGCGGCGCGCGGCACGAGCGCUGCACGCGGUGGCCGCGCGCUACGGGGCGAUAGCACGCACUGCCUUCCAUGCGCACACGUCCACGCUACGGCUGUUUGAUGUUUCGCAAUACACCUACAGCCAGCUGGCUCAACUCAUAGAGCGGAUAACGAUGUCACAAGUGGAACGGCCAGAACUGACCAACAAGGAGAUGAAGCCCACGAGUCUGGAAGAAACUAUAGCUUUGACUCCAGCCGCUGCGUUGGCUGAAAUAUCGACUAAACUGUUCGAUAAUCCUACUACUGGAUCCGGGAUUACGCAUAGGCACGCGGAGGCCGUGCUAGCAGCGGUAACGGCCGUCGGGUCGGGGCUGGGGUCCGGUGCGGCGUGGUCCCGCGACGUGUGCGGUGCGGGCGCGGGUGCGGCGGCGUGGUGCCGCGUGGCGCUGUCGCCGCCGAGCCGGCCGCCGCCCGCCGACCACGCGGCCGCGCUGCCGCUGUCGCACCGCCUCGCGCUGGGGUUGGAGGGGGUCGUGCUGCCACCGCGGAACAGUAAAAAGAAGCCGAUGCGACAAGUGAAGGGUGUUCAAAUAACUGUAACAGCCACUCCUCACCCGCGAACCAAUGAAAAGACGGUAGAACUCAGCAACAUACCGCCCAUCCUCUGUGGGGUGCAAACAGUGACCCCCGUACGCGACUUCUUCAGCGCACAGCAGCUUGUGAGCGUGCCGGCCGCCGGCCUCUAUACUGUGGCCGUUGAGGCUGCGUUUGUUGAUGAGCUGGGGCAAUUGUGGAAUACUGGACCUAGGACCACUAUCGUCAUCAAGGCACAUGAAGAACCAAGCACAAAGGGCAACACGCAAGCUACUAGAAGUCGUUUCUGAUAUUAAAUUAAAUAUUAUGAUUUUUGUCUAAUUAUGUAAUGAUAAAUUCCUAUAAAAUAAAGUUUUCUGUAAAUAACAA